GUUGCUGGUAGUAUCAGUGAGUGGAAUGUGAACAGAGUGGGCUGGUUGGUAUUGUAGAGCUGCAGUUUUGCUCUGGGCUGAAAGACAGACGCAGUUCCUCAUGUUUCCACCCCGCAGCGUGUUCGUCCAGGUGAGCAGAUUCACCUCCACUCAGCAGGUACACAGGUGCUACAGGUACAGCUGCUUCCCACACACAUCUCACCAUUCCAUACAGUAAACCGAAACGUCCUGGAACGACAAUGGCUUGAGGGUCGAAACGAUAAUGAAAGUCGUUUGAGGAACUACUAGAGGAUAAAUCUCAACUCUGUGGAUCAAACUAGAGCCAAAACUAAACAGAAAUGCGUAUACUUCUGCUUGUGUUGUGUAAUGUCACUUUUUGUGGACACUCUGCGUGGGCAAGGAACAUACAGAGCUCAGAGCAGGAAGAAAGAAAUGCAGUGUUUGUGGAGGAGGAGGAGGCCAGUAAGUUCCUAGGGCGCCACCUGAUGUUCAACAGAUUUGACUUCGAAAUGUUCACUCCGGGGAAUUUGGAGAGGGAGUGCAUUGAAGAAGUGUGUAACUACGAGGAAGCGCGGGAGGUGUUUGAGAAUAUUCCAGAUACAGAUGCUUUCUGGAAAAAGUAUACGGAGGAUCAUAGUCAGCGGCCGUCUAGACUGGAUAUAACAGCCCUGUUGGUGGGCCUCAUCGCAGGUGGAGUAGCUAUUGUCAUAAUGGGCCUGCUCAUCUGGUACUCCUGCCAGAAAAGGUGUGGAAAAAGUGACCGGUUUGCAGGGCCCAUCAGGACGCGGUCUAGGCGCAGUAACGCCUCUGUGAUUAUCCGGAGACUGGAGGAAGUUUCAUUGCAGCCCAUUGCUCUCCCACCUUCAUCAGACGGCCUGGAUGACCACGGACUACCCUCUUAUGAACAGGCCAUUGCUAGAGAUGGACCUCACGAUGCUCCACCACCCCCAUAUCCUGGGUCCAGACCAGGCACCAUUCGACGAUAACCUCAACAUUAACUGGGCACAGUUGGAUUGGGUCCAUUCUUUUUCUCUUUUACCCAUAAACUGCAAUGCACUGUUAAUUUUAAACAAUGACCUUUCCGCUCAUUUCAGAGUCAUUUCUAAAGCAGGUGGUCAUUCCUUGUUUUACACUAAUUACACUAAAACACAGUUUGCCAAUAUAAUGAUGUUGGAGGGUUACUUUUUGUAGUGACCUAUAAGCAGCCAGUUUGCCAGGUCAUUUUUGACAGACACUGUAAUAAUAAUUUAAUAUGCUGAAUAACUUUUUGUAUACAGAAUUCAGACUUUGCUUCAUAUUUAUGCUAAAAAGUUUGAUGAAGGAAAAUGGGUUAUGAAGGCAUUACACAGUUAGACCUCACUCACCUUCUGCUAACUCUGACUCACUGAACAAACCAGAUUUACCUCUUUUUACCUCUGAGCAAAAUAGUAAGGAUAGGUUCGUUAGCUCAUCAGCUACUGCAUUACUAAUUAUUGCUUUGUGUAUGAUUUAAUUAAUGCUGUAAUAUUUUUAUUAAUUUCAUUUCUCCAGUUUGCCAAUGCACACCAAGUAAAUCAGAACUACUGUUGUUGUAGCACUUUUUUAAUGUUGUAAUUCACACGCACUGUAAUCACUACUGACUCCAUCUAUAUGUUUUGGUUUUAUAAGGCUCUUCUUUUUGGACUAUUUGUAUGCUUCGGUGAUCUUUUAAUGUUUUGAUAAUUAUGUCAGCGUGUCACUGUGGUAGAGCUUUAUUUUAAGCUAGUUAAAUAAUUAAGAAAUAAAUGACACUUUAUUUUGUCUCAUAUUAUCUGUGAACAAUAGGCUGAUGCCUCUGAAUAUUUUAACUGUGUAUAUUAUAAAGAUCUGAUGACAUAA